CAUUCGCGUUUUCCCAGUGAUGGAGCAAUGAGAAUACCGACACUGGAUUAUUCCCUGGUGGAACUGUUUCCUUGAAUCAUUUUUUUUCUUUUCUUUUUUUACCUCCAAAAUCUUUUUUCUUUUUAUUUUCUUUUCUCCCACCUGUUUGCUGCAAUGCUGCGGGUCAUAGUAGAGUCAGCCAAGGGUCUCCCCAAAAAGACUCUGGGUACUCCUGACCCAAUUGUUUCUGUGAUUUUCAAAGAUGAGAAGAAGAAAACCAAAUCCAUUGACAGCGAGGUGAACCCUGUCUGGAAUGAGGUUCUUGAGUUUGAUCUAAAAGGUGUUCCACUGGACCCUGGCUCCCAGCUAGACAUUGUUGUGAAAGACCGGGAGACGAUUGGGAAAGAUAAAUUUCUUGGGUCCACUAAAAUUCCUCUAAGAGACCUUGCCUCUGGAAAAGCAAGAUCUCUGCCGUCCAAAAAUGUUCCUCUCGUCGAUGAAAGUGGACAGCGUAUUGGGGCUACAAUAGAUCUGGUGGUUGCUUAUGACCCUCCAGCCAAUGCUAUUCCAAACCCCAACGACCCUCAAGAUGGAAAUGCAAUGGCAGCUGAAGGUGGAGAUGGUGGUGGGGAUGAAGAGGCGGGGGAGACUGUCGCAGACGGGGGCCAGAGUGGCCCAGCAGGAGUCCCCUCAUCCUCUGGGCAGGCUGCUGGUUUUCGCCAGAGGCUGACCCGGGCACAGAGUCAACGCAGACUAGUGAACAAACCUCAGGACUUCCAGAUCCGUGUUCGGGUCAUCGAAGCCCGCCAGUUGUCUGGAAACAACAUCAAACCUGUGGUGAAGGUUCAUGUGUGUGGACAGACCCACAGGACCAGGAUCAAGAAGGGAAACAAUCCAUUCUUUGAUGAGAUGAUGUUCUACAACGUUCACAUGCUGCCAUCAGAUUUGUUUGAGCAGAACAUCAGUUUCCGGGUCUAUAAUUCCUAUUCACUGAGGGCAGACAGCCUUAUGGGAGAAUUCCUGCUCGAUGUUGGUUAUGUUUAUGAUGAACCAGGCCACUGUGUGAUGAGAAAAUGGCUCCUGUUGAAUGACCCAGAUGACUGCAGCUCUGGGGCUAAAGGCUACAUCAAAGUCAGCAUCUUUGUUGUAGGAACAGGAGACGAGCCUCCAGUGGAGAAAAGAGACUCUAAUGAUGACCAGGAUGACAUAGAGAGCAAUCUGCUGCUGCCAGCAGGAGUAACUCUGCGAUGGGCCACCCUGUCAUUAAAGGUGUUCAGGGCUGAAGACAUUCCCCAGAUGGAUGAUGCAUUUGUCCAGACAUUGAAAGGGAUCUUUGGAGGAGAGGAAAACAAGAAGAACCUGGUUGAUCCUUUUCUAGAGGCUCGGUUUGCUGGAAAAAAGUUGUGCACUCAGAUCAUUGAGAAGAAUGCAAACCCAGAGUGGAACCAGGUUUUGAAUCUUCAAUUCAAAUUCCCUUCCAUGUGUGAGCGUAUCAAGCUGACCGUGUUUGACUGGGAUCGUAUGACGGGAAAUGAUGCUGUUGGCACCACAUACCUGAACCUGACCCAGAUAGCUUCCUCUGGUGGAGAAGUAGAAGAAGAACAUGCAGAAAAUGGGGAAAUGCCAUCCUCUAAAGCUGACUCUGGAGAAUCAGAGGUGGGCUUCCUUCCUGUAUUUGGGCCCUGCUAUGUCAACCUCUACGGCAGUCCCAGGGAAUUCACGGGCCUCCCAGACCCCUAUGAGGCUCUUAAUUUUGGCGAGGGUGAAGGAGUGGCUUACAGGGGCAGAGUACUAGUGGAGCUCUCCACUAAGCUGGAGGGGAAAGCGGAUAAAACUGUUGAUGGUAUCCACAGCGAUGACAUCCUUGUGUUGCAGAAGUACCAGAGGAGAAGAAAAUACUGUCUGUGCGCCGUCUUCCACAGCGCCACUAUGAUUCAGGAGCCUGGUGAACCCAUCCAGUUUGAGGUCAGCAUUGGUAACUAUGGCAACAAACUGGACACCACUUGUAAACCCCUGGCCUCCACCACUCAGUACAGCUGUGCUGUGUUUGAUGGUAACCAUUACUACUACCUGCCCUGGGUAAAUACUAAACCGGUGGUUGUGCUCACGUCCUUCUGGGAGGACAUAAGUCACCGCCUCGAUUCUGUCAACAUUAUCCUCUACAUUACGCAACACUUGCAAUCCAACCUGGAUGCAUUUAAGACGGCCAUACUGGCUAAGGUCUCCGACAAUCAGCUGGCAGAAGUGUGGAUGAAGUUACUGAAUCAGUUGAUUGAAGACCUGGACAGAUUCCCUACACCUGAGCUGGAGGGCCGCUCCAACCUAACAACUCUGGACAUCCAAAUCAAGAAACUGCGAGACAGCGCUCUAAGCUCCAUCUUAAACGCUGCGAGACGAAUGAGAGAGGAGGCCAGAGAAAUCGCAGACACUCUGCCAGAAAUAGAGGCCUGGCUGGACAAACUCAAUCAGCUGGCAAAGGAGCCCCAGAACAGCAUGCCUGACGUGAUCAUCUGGAUGCUGCGGGGGCAGAAGAGGGUCGCCUACAGUCGUAUUCCUGCUCACCAGAUCCUGUAUUCGACUUACAGCACAGAAGCCUGCGGGCAGCACUGUGGCAAGACUCAGACCAUUUUUCUAAAGUACCCCAUGGACAAGACCAAAGGCUCGAAGGUGCCAGUUCAAAUCAGGGUCAACAUGUGGCUCGGCCUCUCUACACAUGAGAAAAAGUUCAACGGGUUCUCAGAGGGAACCUUUAGUGUGUUUGCUGAACUGUAUGAGAACCAGGCUCAAGUCUUUGGAAACUGGGGGACCACAGGACUGGUGGGCCGCUAUAAAUUCUCAGACGUGACGGGGAAACUGAAGCUGAAGAAGGAGUACUUCCUUCCACCACGAGGAUGGGAGUGGGAGUCGGACUGGUUUAUCGAUCCAGAAAAGGCCCUGCUAACUGAAGCAGAUGCGGGACACACAGAGUUUAUGGAUGAGGUCUUCCAGAACGAAACCCGUUUUCCUGGUGGAGAGUGGAAGCCUGCCUCGGAGCCGUACACAGAUGUGAAUGGAGAGAAAAGCCGUAACCCUACAGAGUUUGACUGUCCUCCUGGGUGGACGUGGGAGGACAGCUGGACUGUGGACAUUAACAGAGCUGUGGAUGAUCAAGGCUGGGAGUAUGGGGUGACCAUUCCUCCAGAUGACAAGCCUCGAUCCUGGGUCCCUGCUGAGAAGACGUACCACGUCCAUCGCAGGAGGAGGCUGGUUCGACCUCGAAAGAGGGCUGCACGACCUGCAGGAGCAGCCGUGGAGAAAAGAGAUCAUGGUGACCCAGAGGGAUGGGAAUUCUCCUCUCUGAUUGGAUGGAAGUUCCACCGAAUUGAGCGCUCCUCGGACACGUUCCGUCGAAGACGCUGGAGGAGGAAGAUGGCGCCGGAAGAUCGCCUUGGAGCAUGUGCCAUCUUUCAACUUGAGGGUGCACUAGGUAUCGAUACAGAGGAUAAAGAGAAAGGCUCCAAAGCUGAUGCCACCAAGAUGUUUGGUGCCAACACUCCCACUGUGUCCUGCUCCUUUGAUAAGUCCUACAUGUAUCACCUCCGCGUCUAUCUCUAUCAGGCAAGGAACCUGAGUUCUAUGGACAAGGACAGUUUCUCUGAUCCAUAUGCACAUGUCUCCUUCCUUUAUGUUAGCAAGACGACUGAAAAGCUUAAAGCAACUCUGAACCCAACCUGGGACCAAACCUUGAUUUUUAACGAUGUGGAGAUUUAUGGAGACCCCAAGAACAUGGUCCACAGUCCUCCUGAGGUGGUGCUGGAGUUCUACGACAGCGACCAAGUGGGGAAGGAUGAGCUGCUCGGCCGCAGUGUUUGCGUCCCGUUGGUGAAGCUGAACUCCAGCAUGGAUCAGAAGCCCAAACUACUGUGGCAUCCCGUCAUCCAGAAGGGGAAGAAAUCCGGGGAGGCACUCGUGGCUGCGGAGCUCAUUCUUAAAGACAAGUCAGGUGAGUCGGAACUCCCCCUGGUUCCCCCAAAGAGAGCUGAGAACCUCUACAUGGUUCCUCAGGGUAUCCGACCCGUGGUUCAGCUCACCGCUGUGGAGAUUCUGGCAUGGGGUCUAAGGAACAUGAAGACGUACCAGCUUGCUGCAGUGUCUUCCCCCAGUUUGGUGGUAGAGUGUGGGGGCCAAAGGGUGGAGUCUGCUGUGAUCAAGAACAUGAAAAAGAGUCCCAACUUCCCCGGCUCUGUCCUCUUCAUUAAAGUGCUUCUUCCAAAGGAUGAGAUGUACACUCCUCCUAUUGUGCUGAAGGUGAUCGACCACCGUCCGUUUGGCAGGAAGCCUGUGGUUGGUCAGUGCACCAUCACGUCACUGGAGCAGUUCAGAUGUGACCCAUAUGUCAUAGUUUCAGAGGGAGCCAGGGCCUCCAAGAUGGCUCUGAUGAUGACGGCGCCACGUAAAGAUGUUUCUAUCACCAUGGAAGAGGCCCGGCCGCUGUUAGAGGCUCAGUUUUUGUACAGUAUGUCUGCAGCUUUCAACAAAAUGGCUUCCCCAGCUUUCCAGUUUCAGGCAGAAAAGGAAAAGGAAACGGUUGAUUGGUGGAGUAAAUUCUACGCUUCAGUUGGAGACCAGCAGAAAUGUGGUCCUUACAUAAGAAAAGGCUACGAUACCCUUAAAGUGUAUGACUGUGAGUUGGAGACUGUCCCAGAAUUCAAGGGGCUGACUGACUUUUGCAACACAUUCAAGCUGCAGAGAGGCAAGAAUGAAAAUGGGGACGAAGACCCCACCGUGGUCGGAGAGUUCAAGGGUGCAUUCAAGGUGUACCCCCUAUCAGAUGACCCAGGUGUUGCUCCUCCACCCCGACAGUUCAGAGAGCUGCCGGAAAGCGGACCUCAGGAGUGUCUGGUCAGGAUUUAUGUGGUUCGGGCGAUUGACCUUCAGCCUAAAGACAACAAUGGCAGGUGCGAUCCAUACAUAAAAAUAUCAGUGGGCAGGAACACACUUGAUGACAGAGAUAAUUAUUUGCCCAACAACAUAAACCCUGUGUUUGGAAGGAUGUUUGAGAUGACCUGCUUCUUGCCUCAAGAUAAGGACCUGAGAAUCGGGGUUUAUGACUAUGAUCUCUUGACUCGAGAUGAGAAGGUUGGCGAGACAGUGAUCGACCUAGAGAACCGCUUCCUGUCUCGAUAUAACUCCUACUGCGGCCUUCCUCAGACCUACUGCGUGUCUGGCAUCAAUCAGUGGCGGGAUCAGCUGAAGCCGUCGCAAAUCCUGGAGAACCUGGCCCGUCUAAAAGGCCUGUCCAAACCCAAGACGGAAGAUAAUGGCACAUCACUUACUUUCAACGGAAAAGAGUACACAUUGGCCCAGUUUGAGGGUAACACGGAGGUUCACCAGCACUUGGGUCCACCCCGAGAACGACUCUGUCUGCAUGUCCUUCGAACGCAGGGACUGGUUCCUGAACAUGUGGAGACCAGAACCCUUUACAGCUCCUUCCAGCCUAAUCUGUCUCAGGGUCGGCUACAGAUGUGGGUGGAUGUCUUCCCAAAAAGCAUGGGACAGCCUGGUCCUCCCUUCGACAUCACGCCCCGCAAACCUAAGAGGCAUUUCCUGCGAGUCGUCAUCUGGAACACCACGGAUGUAACUCUGGAUGAAACCAGCAUCACAGGAGAGAACAUGAGUGACAUCUAUGUGAAAGGCUGGAUGCCCGGCAUGGAGGAGGACAAACAGAAAACCGACGUGCACUACAGGUCUCUGGAUGGAGACGGCAACUUUAACUGGCGGUUUGUCUUUGGCUUUGACUACCUGCCAGCUGAACAGCUCUGCCUUGUGUCCAAGAAGGAAAACUUUUGGAGUCUUGACAACACAGAGUUCAGGAUUCCCCCAAAGCUGAUUGUCCAGAUAUGGGACAACGACAAAUUCUCAUUGGAUGAUUACUUGGGUGUACUGGAACUAGAUUUGAGAAAACUCGUCCCUCCUUCCAAGACUCCAGAGAAAUGCUCCCUGGACAUGAUGGACAAUCUGGAAACCGGAGAAGCAGGCAAACUACAGACCGCUAAUUCCCUGUUUGCUCAGAAGUCGGUCAGAGGAUGGUGGCCCUGUUCCAUCGAACAAGAUGGGAAGAGAGUUUUGGGUGGCAAAGUGGAGAUGACGCUGGAGAUUGUGAGUGAAGCAGAAGCAGAUGAGAUACCUGCAGGAAAAGGACGAGACGAACCCAACAUGAACCCAAAACUGGACCCUCCCAACCGUCCAGAAACGUCUUUCUUCUGGUUUACUAACCCAUGCAAGACCAUGAAGUUCAUUGUGUGGAGGAGGUUCAAAUGGGUGUUCAUAGGACUUAUCUUUCUCAUAAUCGUGGUGCUCUUCAUUGCCAUCCUGUUGUACUCAUUACCGAACUACAUCUCAAUGAAGAUUGUGAAGCCACUUCAAUAACUCUACAGUGGAAGUCGUUCCAACUCCUAUUCAGAGAGCUUUGGUUCUUUUUCUUUUCUACAGUAUUUUAUUGUUGGGAUAAUAGCACCUGCAUAUUUACACUAUUAAAAACAAUUAAAUGUUUUUUGUAUCUAGAAAACUUCAAUGUGAAACAGAUGGGACUCCUGUUGUAAACAUUUCACACUAAAAUGAUCUAAAACCACAGAAUGGUGAUAAACUGUUUUUUAGGGUCACAGGUUCUGCACUGGAUCACUCCUGUCAACAGGUCUCUGUUCACUAUCACUAUUUAGACUUUUAAGGUCAUUUCAUUUGUACUGGGUUCUUUACCAGGUGGCUUUAUGAUUAUUUUUUUCUUUCUAUGUUGUGCCAAUCCAUAUUAUUCAUGUAUUUGCCGUUCUUUUUUGUACAAGGAAUAUUACAAACUCAUUAAAAAAUGUUUUUUUUAAAGAAAUAUUUAUAGAGGAUCCAUUUGUCAUCAGUGCCAAUAGGCUCUGUAGCACAUCAUUUGCACAUGAAUGUAAAACAGUCUUGGAGGAAAAUUACAAUAAAGAUCCUGCAAGUUUCUAAUGAAA